AUGGAUUGUUUGUUGUUUGCCUUGAACUCGACGGAUGGAUUAACAACAACACCAAGUCUUCUACAUGACAAAAGGCCUUGUGAUUGCUCAAGGGCUUCACAUCGCCUGUGGCAGGCAGUCGAUGACAAGGACAGAAAUGCCAUCAUCAAACGCCGGGCAGAAGAGCUUGCGAAAUACAAUCAAAGAGUCGAGCCUUCCAAGGACACUCUCACGAUUGUUGACGGGUCGGUUCCGCUCAGCUACCCCGUCCGUGGUCUGACGGUCGCCCCGGAGGGAACUGUGCAAAUUCCAGGGCUUCAAGUUCUGGAGAAAACCAUCCGACAGAAAUAUGAAGUACAACUAGAAACGGCCAACUAUGGAGUACUGGACACCAUUGCGGAAGUUGUCGAGGCGCAGGUAAAAGGACUACGCACAAAGUCGUUAACCAUCCGCAGCAAAAGCCUCUCGCGCCUGAAUCGCCAGCUUCAAUUUAUCGUGUACACCAACAAUGUGUAUGACAUUGAUGCCACAGAAAUCAUUACCUUCAGGUACCUGGAUCACAGAGUCAGCAUUCCUCUUCGGAUACGAGUUCGAACUGUUCCACUCCUCUACGACCCCGGUCCAGAUAACAACAUCAAUGCAAAAGUUACUGUCAUCACCAAAACGUUUCUCAGAUAUGACUCCAUCCGGGCACUUCUGUCAAGCAUCCGGGCAUUCUACCCCAACAUCCGAGUAGUUGUGGCAGACGACAGUCACCCAGUGGAAGAUCUACAGGCGAAAAACAUCGACCAUUUUGUCAUGCCGUUUGCAUCAGGGUGGUUUGCCGGCAGGAAUCUGGCCGUGUCACAGGUGACAACACCUUACCUCCUAUGGGUAGACGACGACUUCGUUUUUGUAAAAGAAACCAAAUUAGAGAACCUUUUGGAGGUUAUUGAGAACACCAGGCUGGACUUGGUUGCCGGCACCGUGGGGCGUACUGGAAUAAGAUUCACGAAGAUGGACAUCGUCCCCGGUGAUGAGAAGGGCGACUGUCUGCGCAUCCAUGAUCUGCACCACUGGGGCCAGGUGCCGGGAUUCCCACAAUGCCGUCUGUCCACCAGGGUCACCAACUUUUUCCUCGCCAGGACAGACAGUGUCCGUGCCGUCGGCUUUGAUCCGGUGUACACAAGAACUGCGCACACAGAAUUCUUCAUGGCAACGAUGGGCAGACUGCGAAUUGCGUCGUGUGAUCACGUGAGAAUCGACCACGUCAGUAAUAAACCAGCGGAGUACAGAAAGUUCCGUAAUGCCGGGGCAGACUAUCAAACAUCCCAGCACCAGCAUCAGUAUUUCAAACAUAACAUUCAAUGUUGGGUUGAUUAUAAUACUUUACAAUAAUUGAAAGGCAGGCUAGGAGUAUCAAUUCUGUUAACGAUAAUUACUUGUGAAAUGUUUUAUUACCCUCCAUGUAAUGGGGGUAUUGUUUUUGGUCCGUUUCAUGUUUUG